AUGGGAAUAGAAGAUACAAUAAUAAGUGGGAACUAUAAUGAUAACGUAAAUUUUGGAAAUAAUGAGGGUAUUUAUAAAGAAAAAGGUACUUUCUUACAAAAAUCCCCCAAUAAUAAUAUCCAAUCUAAAACUUCUUUAAAAAGUGACCACUUUAUUAUUGGGGAUAAUUUAGAAAUAAAUAAUAAAAUAAUUGAAAUAGCUACUAAUGAUACUAAUAAAUUUAUUAGGGAUGAAAUAGAAACAUAUAAUCAAGUAACUAAAGAACUAGAAAAAGAAAUGGACAAUGAUAAUAAUGAAAUAAAUAAAUAUGAAAAAAAAAAUCUCGUUUACAAUUAUUACUUGAUAAAAGUGAAUCAUAUACAAAAAUUAACAAUGAAAAAAUCUCAUAGACAUAUUAUGGAUAUAGAAGAUGAUACCUUAUUAUUUCAAGAAACAGAAGAAGAUAUUUUAGGAUAUAGAUCAUAUACAAGAUUACAAUUUCAGCCAACAUGUAUAACUGGUGGACAGCUUAAACCAUAUCAAUUAGAAGGGUUAAAUUGGCUUAUUUAUUUAUAUGAAAGUGGGUUAAAUGGAAUUUUAGCUGAUGAAAUGGGCUUAGGAAAAACAUUCCAAACAAUAUCAUUAUUAGCAUAUUUAAAGGAAUAUAGAAAUAUAGAUGGUGUUCAUCUUAUAUUAUCUCCUAAAAGUACUUUAGGUAAUUGGAUUAAUGAAAUUAAUAGAUUUUGUCCAUGUAUAAAAACUUUAAAGUUUCAUGGUAAUUCUGAAGAGAGGAAUAUUUUAAUGCGUAAAAUAUUAACAAAUGAGGAUAAUAAUAAAGAUUAUAAUGUAAUUGUUACUUCUUAUGAAAUGUGUUUAAGAGAAAAAUCAUGGUUUAUGAAGAAAAGAUUUCAUUCAGUAAUUAUAGAUGAAGCUCAUCGUAUAAAGAAUGAAUCAUCUAAAUUAAGUCAAAUAGUAAGAAAUUUAGAAACAAAAUUUCGUUUAUUAAUAACUGGAACACCAUUACAAAAUAGUUUAAAAGAACUUUGGUCACUUUUAAAUUUUUUAUUUCCUGAGAUAUUUUCUUCAUCAGAUGAAUUUGAAACUUUAUUUGAUUUACAAUCAAUAAAUGAUAAUUUUUCAGAUUUAUCUCAAGAACAAAAAGAAAAGAAAAGUUUUGAAAUAAUAGAAAGAUUACAUAAGAUUUUACGUCCAUUUAUGUUAAGACGUAUAAAAUCAGAAGUUGAGAUUGAUAUUCCACCAAAAAAAGAAAUCUUAUUAUAUGUACCAUUAACUAAUAUGCAAAGAACUUUAUAUCGUGAUAUAUUAUCAAAAAAUAUUGAUGCUUUACAAGAAAGAGAUAGUGGUGGGAGGGUUAGAUUAAUUAAUUUAGCUAUGCAAUUAAGAAAAGCAUGUAAUCAUCCAUAUUUAUUUGAUGGUUAUGAAGAUAAAAAUGAAGAUCCAUUUGGUGAACAUGUAAUAGAAAAUUCUGGUAAAAUGAUAAUGUUAGAUCGUUUAACUAAGAAAUUAUUACAAAAUGGAAGCCGUAUUUUAAUAUUUAGUCAAAUGGCUAGGAUAUUAGAUAUACUUGAAGAUUUUUGUUAUAUGAGGAAAUAUAAAUAUUGUAGAAUUGAUGGUAAUACAUCUACUGAAGAUAGAGAUACUCAAAUUUCUGAUUUUAAUAAACCUAAUAGUGAUAUAUCAAUAUUUUUACUUUCUACUCGUGCUGGUGGUCUUGGGGUUAAUCUUGCAACUGCUGAUAUAGUUAUAAUUUAUGAUUCUGAUUGGAAUCCACAAGUAGAUUUACAAGCAAUGGAUAGAGCACAUAGAAUAGGUCAAAAAAAGCCAGUAUAUAUAUAUAGAUUAUUUCAUGAAAAUACUAUUGAAGAAAAAAUAUUAGAAAGAGCUAAUUUAAAAUUACAACUUGAAUCAGCUAUAAUACAGCAAGGUAAACUUAAAGGUAAUAAUUAUUCUAAAACAAAUCAAAAUAAUGGAAAUAUUCUAUCAAAAAAUGAAUUAGUAACAAUGAUACAAUAUGGUACAAAUGAAAUUCUUAAAACUAAAGAUAUAAAUAUUACAGAUGAUGAUAUAGAUGCUAUUAUUUCUAAUAGUGAAGAAAGAACAAAAUCUUUACAAGUAAAGAUUCAAAAAUAUGUAAAAAGAUCAUUAAUAGAUUUUAGUGUUAAUUCAAAUGUUAAUUCUUCUUUAUAUGAAUUUGAAGGAAUAGAUUAUAAUGAGAUACAAAAACAGCAGGAUAAACAAGCUUGGAAUGAUAUUGCUAUAAGUACUGUUAAUGAAGAACGAGAGGGAAGGCGUAGAAGUAGAAUAGAGAAUCAAAAUCAGCGUUUAAUUGAUCAAAUAUUAUUAAAACAACAUGUAAAAAAUGCUCCAAAAUUACCUCAUAUGUAUGAAUGGCAAUUUUAUAAUAGAAAAAGGAUUUUAGAAUUACAUGAGAUAGAAGUUAGAUAUAAUGCUGCUAUUGUUUCAGGAAUUAUAAAUAUUACAGGAGAUAAAAUUGAAAAUAGUGAUGGAGGUCUAUCUACAACAAGUUCUUCAAUAAGAGAUGGUAGUUUUGAGAAUAUAUCCCAAAAACAAUUUGAUUUUAAACAAAUUAGAAAUUUGUCUCAAGAAGAAAAAGAGGAGAAAGCAUUUUUAUUAGGACAAGGAUUUAAAAAUUGGACGAGGAAAGAUUUACAUACUUUAAUAAAAUUAUUAGAAUUAUAUGGACGUGAAGAUAUUGAAAAUAUAUAUUUGGGAUUUAAUGGAACUAAGAAUAGAGAAGAAAUUAAAAGAUAUAUAAAUGUUUUUUUUGAACGUGGACCUUCUGAAUUAUCCGAUUGGGAUAAAUGGCAAAAAAAAAUUCAAAUAAUUCAAGAAAUUCAAAAUAAGAAGAAAGAGAUAGAAGAUAUAAUAAGAUGGAAACAAUGUAAAUAUAAAGAUUCUUGGAAAGAAUUAAAUUUAAAUACAACUUUAAUUAAAAAAGACAAAAUUCAAUUUAAUAUAGAUGAGGAUAGAUAUCUUUUAAAUAUGAUACCAGUUAUAGGAUAUGGAAAUUGGGAUCAUUUAAAAAAUUGUAUAAGGCAGGAUCCUAUAUGGAAAUUUGAUUGGUUCUUAAAAUCAAGAUCUCCUUCUGAUUUAGGUAAGCGAGUAGAUUUUUUAAUUAAAAUACUUAAAAAAGAAUAUAUUGAUGCAAAUGAAGAGACAAAGAAAGAUACCUUUGAGAAUUUAAAUACUAAAAAUAUGAAAAAACGUACUUAUUCCAAGAGAAAUUUAAAGAAUCAAGAUAUUAUAGAAGAAACUAAAUUAGCAAUAGAAACAAGAAUUUAA